AUGAGCGUUCGAACACGAAGACAAAAAGCCGCUGCGGCUGCUGUUGACGAGCAGCCAGCAACAACAGCAAAUGGCAUCGCCAAUACCACCUCUACACCGAAAAGGGCCGAGAAAGGGCCACAGGAGAAUAUCUUUUUAUUCUGGCCGAACCUCGUCGUUUUCCUGGCCUCCGCAUGGCCCCGAUACUCGAUCGUUUUUCAGGGUUUGAUCAGCUUGGAUCUUGCCAGUCACUAUAUGCACAUGUAUGCUACCUUGAGCAUGGGCGGUGCCGGGAAGAGCCACAAAGCUGUUGACUCUAGCCGUAGCUGGAUUUUGCACAAAUACUACACCAGCAGGACUGUGUUGUUCAUUUUCUGCGCCCUCAACGAGCUUUUCUUUAUUGGCUUGUACUUGCUUUCGUUCUCGUCGCCGAAGUUGUCUCCUUCGCUGUUGCAGCCUCCUCCUCACACCGAGCCCAUGACUCCUCAACCCGGCAAUCCAGCUCAUCAACCACCGGGCACACUUUUUGCCAGCCCCUGGAGUGCCGGUGCACUUGAACUGGCCCGUGCAAACAAGAUCGACAGCACUGUGCCAUGGAUCAUCACUGGUAUCUCUUUUCCCAUCAUGGCAAUCAAGCAAUUCAUCAACAUCGUGCAGCUCGUCAAGGCAAGCAACUGGCUUGCAGAGGGCGAUCUCGCCAAACGCCGCGCCGACCGGGCUGAGGGUAAAUUGGCUUAG